UCUAUCCAGCUGUCAAUGCUGCAGGGAGCGCAGUGACCCAGACCUUUCCCUUCCCCAGGGGUCUGGAUGAGAAAGUGAAGGCUAUGCAUGGUCAAAUCCAGCACGCCAGAUGCCCAGGAUUCCCUCGCUGUGUCAGGGCUAAGGUAAUGUGGAUUGCUCUGUCUGGAUUGAUAAUGCCAUCCCUGACCGACACACUGAUUAUGCCUUUCAGACUAGUUCCUGUCUCCCUUUAUGGGACCUAUCAAACCAGCUGAUGCUCGUUUACCUUCAUGAAAUUCUGAGCUGCUUUGAUCUCUCCUUGACUGCCUGUCACCUGCGCACCUUCAAAAGAGCAGCCUGAGCUACCACAGCCAAGAAAAACAAAGGGUGCUAUGGAACUGGGAGUCCUGCAGUGAUGCACAUCUUUCACUCCACGGCUGACCCUUUCACUUCUUCCACCAGGAAACCAGCUGCAGCUUCAUUAGAUGCAGGCUCUGAACAGACAGUCUGCAAGCAGGGGAGCGGGGCACCGAGUGUCCUACACUGCCAAGCAUCUGCAUGUACUGCUGAGAGUCUGUGAAACUGUCUGGCUCCUGUAUGGCUGCUGGAGCACUGUGCAGACAGAAGGUGCGGACUUGUGUUGCAAAGAUGAGUGCUGAGCAUCCCCUACCCGCCUCGGAUUUCUGCACUGCCAGACAUCUGGACAGAGAGCUUUCAAAACAGCACGUGUGCCAGGGUAUCUGCAUAUGUUCAUAUACGCUGGAUGUCACCAGCACCCAAAGUGCUGCAGGAAAAAGCCUCACACUGGAAUAACACCUUUGUCUGCUUUCAUCACAUGCCAGUCCUGUUCGCAGUGCUUAGCCAAUCUUACAAGUGGAAGGCAGGUCUUUGAAACAUAGGAUGGCUACUCAUCAGCUUUUACAGACUGGGCAAAAGACUAAGUCCUCUAAGGUAAAAACCUUGAAAUGUGAUGGUACUGACAGUCUUGGCUCUCAGUUUUGGACUUGGCCUGUCGGUGCCUGGUGAGGAAUCAGUGGUGUUCCCCAACACAAUUGCUACUGAGCAGCAGUCUGUGGUGCUGGUGAAAAAACUUCUGGCCACCUCUGUAUCCUGUAUAACAUACAUGAGAGGGCUGUUCCCAGAGAGGGCUUAUGCAACUCGCUAUUUAGAAGACCUCUGUCUAAAAAUUCUCCGAGAAGAUAAAAGCUGUCUGGGAUCGUUGCAGAUAGUCAAGUGGAUUCAAGGUUGUUUUGAUGCUUUGGAGAAGAAGUAUUUACACAGUGCUGUUCUCGCAAUUUACACCGAUCCCAAGGAACCGGAGACAGUGACUGAAGUGUAUCAAUUCAAGUUCAAGUACAAAAAGGAGGUGCCCCAGAUGGACAUCAUCAGCAACCAAAUGAACUUUAUGAAUGGGGUGUGCAGUGAGGACGUUAAACAGGCCAGCAGGCUCCUGAUCUGUAAACUUUACCUGUUAAUGCAAAACCUUGGGCCGCUUCCCAAUGACAUUAUCCUGACCAUGAAACUCCUCUACUACAAUGAUGUAACUCCCAAAGAUUACCAGCCCCCUGGCUUUAAGGAAGAUGACAGCUCUGGUGACCUGUUUUUUGAUGGCGAUCCUGUCAACCUGAGCAUAGGAUCAGUCUCCACCGGCUUCCACCUCAUGAAAGUGAGAGUGACAACUGAAAAGAAAAGAAUGGGGACAGUUGAAAGCAACCUGAUCCAGAAGAAUGGCCCUACUGAGAUCUCCCAUCAAGGGUUAGACUGUGAUGAAGAGGAAGAGGAGGAGAGCACAAAGAAUCACCCUCUGUCUGUCAGAGCAGAUUCAAGUAAGCUUGAAGAAGACAAAAGGGACACCCAUCCAGGCUGGGAGACGGAAGCAUCUUCUUUUUGCCUUCAAAAUACAGGUGGAAAGAAGAAGGGAAUAAAGGAGAGAGGCAGGAUGCCUUGCUCAAGGGAAUCUCAGCAGAUAAGCUGCAUGAGCCUUGCACCUAGCCAGGAAGAGGUAACAGGACCCAAGAAGAAAAGGAAGGUCAGUGAACCAGAGGAGCUGCUUCUGGAAGGCAGGAAAUCAUGUUCAUUCUGACACACAUUUUGGAAGGUGUGAGUUUGCAUUGUCAUCUGACUAGUAAAGACCUUUACUCUCUUCCAGUAUUUAGUUCUUCCACAUACUGCGUGUAUUUCUGCAUGUUUAUUUGUCUAGUGAAAACUCUGGAUUGAGAAGGGUCAACAAGCACCAUAAUUGUCACGACAGUGACAUGUCAUGACAUGACAAUGUCAACCAACAGCACUUGUUUGAUGUUCUAAAGUUGAGGAUUUAUGAUUCCAUGGUGUCUGUGUGUUUCCUUCUCUCUGUGUCUGUCCCUCACACAUGCCCCCUCCCACUGGCUAAAUUUCCUCCUCUGUGGCUGGGCUGUCCUUUGCCGAUAUGUUGUCAAUAAUUUGUGGCACUGGUCCAGGAUGAACUCUCUUAAGGUAUCAAUGCCAGCAAGCAACAAGUCUCGUGAUUCACUAGACUGUGUUUAAUGUUGUCCUAUCUACUGUUUCCAGAGCAUAGAUUUUUUUUUUUUCAAAGAAGGGUUUUUAUCUAUAUUGAAUACAGAGAUAAAGUAAUCUAUACACAUUU